GUUCUGUGGACUGCCGUCCUGUCCACUGCCCCUCACCCUGCUGCUUUGCCUCGAUCCCAACCUGCUUUGGCCACUUUUGGAAUUAACACAUCUAUUUCUCUUAUUCUCAACUGCUGCGGAUUGGUGGGUUCUCAUUUGUGAGCUGGUAAAGGACAGUCUGACAUUAUAAGUUGGCACAGUGGCCCUCAGGAUGUCAGGAUCUUUACAAGUGACGCAGACGCAGAUGCAGACGCAGAUGCAGACGCAGUUGCAGACGCAGACGCAGACGCAGAUGCAGACGCAGACGCAGACGCAGACGCAGACGCAGCAGCAUCAACAGCAGCAGCAGCAUCAGCAGAAGCAGCAGCUGCAGAAGCAUCACUAUGAGUGCAGCUGUUUCCUCAACACCAAGUCUUCUGUUAGCAAGCAGUCGUUCACCUCGUACAAGACCACCAGCCGUCGCCUUAAGACCUCUGUGAAGACAGAGAAGGUGCAGGAGGUGGCUAAACUGAGAGUGCAAUCCCUGAGAGCCAAACGCACCUACCUGGCGAUGGACACAGACAAAGAAGUUAUCGGCUAUGUCAUACCUGUAUUUCGAGCCAGUCAUGAAGUGGUUCGGGGUCUGAUGGAGGCCCAGGAGGAGCAUGUGGAGGAGGGGAUCAACUAUGUGGCCAUGAGGAACCUGUUUGUCAGGGAGGCCCGCGAGGCUGUGGACGUGAAAGUGAAAGUGGAGAAGAAGACCAGAACUAUGCAUGUCAGGGAAUCUGCCGAGCGUAUUCAACUGAGCAAGACGAUGGAAGAGUGGUCAGAGUUCCGUAAGAAAAUGAACCCAGACAGCCUCACACACCUUCCAGAGUUUAUUGUCAAGCCCCGUGGACAGACGGUCUGGGAGGGCAACACCGUCAAGCUGCACUGCACCGUGGCCGGGUGGCCCAAACCCAGGAUCGCUUGGUACAAAAACAAUGUGCUCAUUGAUGCCAAGGCCCAUUCCGAGAAGUACACGGCAGAGAGCAAUUACAACAUGCACUCCCUGGAAAUCAAGAACUGUGAUUUCCUCGACACUGCUCAGUAUCAGGUUUCUGCGCUCAACGUGAAAGGAGAAUCUUCCUUUGUGUCCACCAUUGUUGUCAAAAGGUUCCAGGAAAAAGAGGAAGCAGGUCCACUCGAGGCUAAACCACAUGGUUUCUGCGCUGAGCACGGUGUCACCUUCGAGACCACCAUCAUCGACAAAUUUGAAGUGGCCUUUGGCAGCGAGGGUGAGACCCUGAGUCUGGGCUGCACUGUCAUCAUUUAUCCCACUGUCAAGAAAUACCAGCCUGAAGUUGUGUGGUACAGAAACUCCGUCCCCCUGAAGCCCUCCAAAUGGGUCCACUCCCACUGGUCUGGUGACCGUGCCACUCUCACUCUUGUCCACCUCAACAAGGAAGAUGAGGGCAUGUACACCCUGCGCGUCAACACCAAAUCUGGCUUUGACACAUACUCUGCUUAUGUGUUCGUCAGAGAUGCCGAUGUGGAGGUGGAGGGGGUUCCCGUGGCCCCCCUGGAUGUGCGCUGUCAUGACGCCAACAAGGACUAUGUGGUGGUGACCUGGAAGCAGCCAGCGGUGGAGGGCAGCAGCUCCAUCCUCGGAUACUACAUCGACAGGUGUGAGGUGGGCACCCAUCACUGGGCUCAGUGCAAUGACACCCCGGUGAAGUACGCCCGCUUCCCCGUCACAGGGCUGGUGGAGGGCCGCUCCUAUAUCUUCAGGGUGACGGCCCUGAACAUGGCAGGAGUCAGCCGUCCGUCCCGCGUCUCCGAGGCCGUGGUCGCCAUGGAUCACUCCGACAGAGGUCGCCUCAGAGCUGGUCCCUUAGCUCCUUGGACUGGGAUGAUCAAGUUUACCGAGGAGGAUCCCACUGUGGGCUUCGUCCCUGGAGAACCCUCAGAUGUUGUGGUUACUGAGGCGACCAAGAGCUAUGUGGUGCUCGCCUGGAAGCCCCCAGUCCAGAGAGGCCAUGAAGGAGUCAUGUAUUAUAUUGAGAAGUGUAUUGCAGGAACAGAAAUCUGGCAGAGGGUGAACACCAGUAUGCCAGUCAAGUCUCCCCGCUUUGCCCUGUUUGACCUGGCGGAGGGUAAAUCCUACAGCUUCCGUGUGCGCUGCAGCAACUCGGCUGGCGUGGGCGAGGCCUCCGUCUCCACAGGAGAGAUCACAGUCGGAGAUAAACUGGACCUGCCCAGCGCUCCGGGCAACCCAGUGGCCAUCAGGAACACCGACACCUCAGUGGCGGUCUUAUGGGGGGCCUCAAAAGUAGUCACACACCUGGUUGGGUACUAUAUUGAAUGCAGCGUGGUCGGCUCUGAUGUCUGGAUGCCAUGCAACAACAAACCUGUCAAGCAGACCAGGUUUGUGUGCCAUGGCCUGACCACUGGAGAAAACUACGUGUUCAGGACGAAGGCAGUGAAUGCUGCUGGCUACAGCCACAGCUCCCACGAUUCUGAUGCUGUGGUUGUGAAGGCUGCCAUCGCCGUCACUGGGAGGCCCACUGGUGUGACCUUGCUGGAGGCCGUCAAGGACUUCAUGGUGGUGGGCUGGACCGCGCCUGCUAACAAUGGAGGGGCUGAUAUCAGGGGAUACUUUGUGGACUACAGGACUGUGAAGGGAAACGUUGUGGGGAAAUGGCAUGAAAUGAACCACCAAGCUUUGACUACAACCACCUACAAAGCUGAGAACCUGAAGGAGAACGUCUUCUACCAGUUCCAGGUGCGCGCUAUGAACAUGGCAGGUGUGAGCAAGGCCUCUCUGGCCAGUGCAUCUCUGGAGUGCAAGGAAUGGACCAUUACUGUGCCAGGUGUUCCCGUUGGUCUCCACGUGCUGGAGGUCCGUGACACCUCUGUCGUGGUCCUGUGGGAGCCGCCUGCAUUUGAGGGCCGCACUCCUGUCAACGGGUACUACUUGGAUCUCAAGGAGACCUCUGCUGGAGGGAAGGGCUGGAAGGCUGCCCAUGAGAAGGCCAACAAGAAGAAAUACAUGAAGAUUACCGGGCUGAAAGCUGGUACAUCCUACUUCUUCACUGUGCGCGCUCAAAAUCUUGCUGGAGUUGGAAAGGCAUCGGCUGUCCUGGGUCCGAUCCCGGCCCAGACUCACCCUGGCACCAAAGACAUUUAUGUGGACGUCGAUGAUGAUGGCAUCAUCUCUAUGGUCUUUGAAUGCUCUGAGAUGAAUGAAAGCUCCGAGUUUGUUUGGUCCAAGAAUUACAAGACCAUUACAGACUCCUCACGACUGACUGUUGUCAAUGAACACGGCAGGUCCAGAGCCAUCUUCAACAGCCCCUCCCUGGAAGAUCUGGGAACCUUCUCCUGUGUGGUCACCAACACUGACGGCAUCUCCUCCAGCUAUACACUCACCGAGGAGGGUCUCAAGCGUCUCCUGGACAUCAGCCAUGAACACAAGUUCCCUGUUAUUCCCUUCAAGAAAGAAAUGUCCAUGGAGUUGCUUGAGAAGGGUUGCGUGCGAUUCUGGACUCAGGUGGAGAAAUGCAGCUCCGCCUGCCAAGUGGAAUACGUCUUCAACGACGUCCUCGUUACUCAGGGAAAGAAAUACUCAAUGAACUUUGACAAGUCCACCGGCAUCAUUGAGAUGUUCAUGGACUCUCUGGAGGUCACCGAUGAGGGAACAUUCACCUUUAACCUGGUGGAUGGAAAGGCCAAGGGGGCAACCAGCCUGGUGCUCAUUGGAGAUGAAUUCAGGGAGCUUCAGAAGAAAUCAGAAUUUGAGAGGGCAGAAUGGGUCAGGAAACAAGGUCCUCACUUUGUCGAGUACCUUGACUUUGCUGUCACUCCAGAAUGUAAUGUGCUGUUGAGAUGCAAGAUCGGAAAUGUCAGACCCGAGACCGAGAUCACCUGGUACAAGGACAAAAUUGAGAUUGCGGACGAUGAUGAGGAUGCCCAGAAGAUCGAGAGACAGGAGGGCGAGUUGACCUUUAAUAUCGGAAAGUGGAUAAUUAAGCAAGAGAAACAGAAAGAAAGAGGAGGAAAAAAGCCGCCUGCAGAUGAAGUUCCUCCACCACCAAGAUCCAAAAUCUCCAAAUCGGAUGCCGGUAUUUAUGAGGUACAUCUGAGGGAUGACAGAGGCAAAGAUAAGAGCCUCUUCAAUCUGACAGACGCAGGAUAUCAGACUGUAAUGAAUGAGCUGUUCAGGGUUAUUGCCAACUCCUCCUGUGAAAUUAAAGUCCUCAGCACUGAACACGGUAUCGUCCUCCACUCCACGGUUACAUAUCACCAUGAGGAAAUGCGUGUUGGUUGGCUCCAAAAAGAUGCAAAGAUCGCCGCCUCAGAGAGAGUUAAGUCCGGAUUCACCGGAGAGCAGCUCUGGCUUAAGAUCAAUGAGCCCACUGAGAAGGACAAAGGCAAAUACACUAUGGACAUCUUUGAUGGCAAGGACGGAGUAAAGAGAGUCUUUGAGCUGACUGGCAAGGCUUGGGAAGAGGCAUUUGAAGAAUUCCAGAGGCUCAAGGCGGCAGCAAUUGCAGAAAGAAACCGCGCUCGUGUUGUUGGAGGCUUACCAGAUGUGGUUGCAAUUCAAGAGGGCAAGUCCCUGAACCUGACCGGCAACGUCUGGGGUGAGCCCUUACCCGAGGUGUGCUGGACAAAGAACGAAAGGGAGCUGGUAUCUGAUAGCCACAUCAAGCUCACGUUGGAGCAUGGGAAGUUUGCCAGCAUCGCGAUCGACUGCGUCACCACGGCUGACUCUGGCAAAUACGCCCUCAAGGUCAAGAACAAGUACGGAAAGGAAGCUGGCGAGUUCACUGUCAGUGUCUACAACCCAGACGACGAGAAUAAGGAGGAGAAGAAAGACUAAAGGGUGAUGAAAUAAAGAAGAUUAAGAUUUGACGACUGGGCUGUCUCCAAAGCAUUUUACCCCGGCACAUGCCGGUGCACCAAAGCAGUUUAAAUAAAUCAUGAAUCCAGCUGCUUCCCCCUGCGUCUUUCAUGUGCUGGGUUAAAAAGCUUUGGGCAUUGCUUAUUAAGGGAGUAAACAGUGAAUGUGAGGGAUGAUAAUGGUUCGCUUGUAGUUGCUUGAGAUGUCUUCUGUCCCUUCUGGCCAUCAUAAGCAGCUUACGUAAUGUAUGGGAAAUGGUUGACCUGUCAUUACUCUUUGUUUUAAAAACAGCAGCAGAGGCAAAGCAUUGGUUUUUAUAAUAUUACAGUAUAACAUUUGGGUGACCUGUGACCCCUCAAACCAUGUCCCACUGAGGUUUAUGUACUGUAAAAAAAAAAAUAAAGGAAGAAACGGA